UCCCGCUUCCGGCGUAUGCCUUUGCUGGCUUCAACCACCUUGUUGCAGGGCUCCGUAUUUGCAGCUUUCGCAAUCCGAGGCAAUAAUGGAUGAAGUUGUAUCUAAUUCUUCAGAGAAACUUAUAGCAAUCCACUCCAAGGUUCACAGAGACACUAUCCUGAUUAAAUUUGAGGAACAGAGAAAAAAAGAUUUUUUGUGUGACAUCACUUUAAUUGUAGAAAAUGUUCACUUUAGAGCCCAUAAGGCAUUACUUGCUGCCAGCAGUGAAUAUUUCUCCAUGAUGUUCAUUGAAGAGGGCGAGAUUGGCCAGUCGAUCUACAUGCUGGAAGGGAUGGUGGCAGAUGCUUUUGGUGUGCUAUUGGAAUUUAUUUACACAGGCUGCCUACAAGCUAGUGAAAAAAGUAUAGAACAGAUUUUAGCUACUGCUCAUCUCCUCAAAGUGAAUGAUCUAGUUAGAGCAUAUACAGAGCAAGAGAGGAACUGCAGCUUAACAAACACAUUAUCUGGAAUUUCUAAUGCUGAAACCCCGAUAGCUGUCUUAGCAAAGAAAAGUGAAGAUCCACCAAAGCGAAAGCGUGGAAGACCAAGAAAAGUGAAGAACAUUCAGGAAGAAAAACUGGAAUCCCUUUCAACUGAAGAUGUGCAAUUAAAAGAGAACAACUCGGUUCAUAAUAAGCAAAAUUUUAUAAAGCGGGAGGCUGUGGUAGAAGACAGAAAUACCAAUGAACUCAUUCCUGUAAGUGGAGAGGGAAGAGAAAUAUGUAGGACAGAAGCUGUGGUCAGCAUCUCAACAGAAAAGGAUGAGAACUAUGAUCCUAAGUGCCAGAAUACACAGAUCACUCAGAGUCGUUACAGCAAACGUAGGAUACGGCGGUCAAUCAAAUUAAAAGAUUAUAAACUUAUUGGUGAUGAAGAGGACAGUGGGCUGUCAAAAAGGGCCAAUGGCAGAAGGAAACGUACUGGUUCUGAAGUUGAGUGCAAAGACUGUGGGAAAGUCUUCAAAUAUAAUCAUUUUUUAGCUAUUCACCGAAGAAGUCAUACAGGAGAGCGCCCAUUCAAAUGCGGUGAAUGCGGCAAAGGCUUUUCCCAGAAGCACUCUCUCCAAGUCCAUGAGCGGAUGCACACUGGGGAACGGCCAUAUGCUUGCACAGUUUGCAGUAAGGCUUUAACCACAAAACAUUCUCUCCUGGAACACAUGAGUCUUCAUACAGGUCAGAAGGCUUUUACCUGUGACCAGUGUGGAAAAUACUUCAGCCAGAGAAGGCAACUUAAAAGUCACUAUAGAGUUCAUACAGGCCAUUCAUUGCCAGAAUGCAUCCUCUGUCAUCGUAAAUUCAUGGACACAGCUCAAUUAAAGAAACAUUUAAGAACUCAUACAGGUGAAAAGCCAUUUACUUGUGAAAUCUGUGGCAAGUCAUUUACAGCAAAAAGUUCUCUUCAGACACAUAUCAGAAUUCACAGAGGAGAAAAGCCAUAUUCGUGUAGUAUUUGUGGAAAAUCCUUUUCCGAUUCCAGCGCCAAAAGGAGACAUUGUAUCUUGCACACCGGCAAAAAACCUUUCUCUUGUUCAGAGUGUUGUGUGCAGUUUGCACGUUUAGACAAUUUGAAAUCUCAUUUGAAAAUUCAUAUCAAAGAGAAACAGCUGCAGGAAGCCAACACUGCAUCCAACAGUAGCAGCACAGAGGACGUCAGGAACAUUCUUCAGCUGCAGCAGUAUCAACUUUCUACCUCUGGACCCCAGGAGAUUCAGCUGUUGGUGACAGACUCAGUGCACAACAUAAACUUUGUGCCCAGCCAUAAUCCAGGCAUUAGCGUUGUCACUUCAGAUGAUUCCCAAAAUGUGAUGACGGAGCACACAGGCAGCCUUACUCUUCUCACUCAGCCAUCACAGCAGCUGCAGAACCUGCUUCUUUCAGGGCAAGCGGAACCCACAGACCAGAUUCAGAAUAUCAGCAUUGUGAGUGACCCAAUGGAUUCUCCCCAGACUGAACAAAUGCAUGUCAUCACACUGUCCAAAGAAGCUCUGGAACAUCUCCAUGCCAAUCAGAGUCAAGCAGAUGUGCUUCAAAUAGCUGCAGGAACACCGCAUCCAACCCCGCAUCUGCAGAUGACCCAAGAACCUAGCCAACAGUUUCACAUUAGCCAAGAUACAAUUCUACCUCCUCAAAUUAGCAAGGGACAGAACCAAACUGUACAUAUCUCCAAUACAGCUUAAUAGCCUCUUAACUGUAGACCAGCCAUCUCGAGAUCAUCACCCUGAAGGGCAGGCUUUUUAAAAACCCAAACUGAUUUCCUCCUUAGAUAUAUUUAUUUAUCAAGAUGAAAGAAGAGCCUUCAUGUGAAAUGCAUUAUAUAUACAGUAUUCCCUAUUUAAUUUCACAUGCUGGUAAUGUUGAUUGUUGCCAUAACGGCAAUUGGUUUAUGCAUUUUUACUUUGCAGAUUUAUCAAUUUAGAUACAUGUUGAAAGCAUGGCUUUUUAACCAGGGUUCUCAAGCAUUUUGCCUGAACUGCAAUCAAAUAUUAAAAGAACAUGGUACAAGCCUGCUUACACAUUUUGCCAUCUCCGUUAUUUCAGUGAGAAAAAACAGUGCAUGCUUAAUUUUUCCACUGAAAAUGAUGGGAUGUAAAAUUGCCUCUGAAUUGACUUAUACUGUAUAUAUUUAACAAGCCUAUCAACUGAUUUUAUAUAUAGAUAUAUAGAUAUAUAUAGUAUUUUUUUCCUCCUAUAUGCUCAUUAGUUUGGGCUAAAGCAAGCUCAUGUUUGGAUUUUU